CCACUCCGGGUCUCCACUCCGAAGACACCCUCCACUCUCCGCAAGACAACAUGAAGCUGGUGGUGGUCUGCCUGUUGUCCGUGGCCGCGGUGGUGCUCGCCAGGCCUCAGCAGCCUCAGCAGCCUCAGCAGGAGCCUGUGCCCAUCCUGAAGCAGGCCUCGGACAUCUCCCCCGAGGGCGCCUACCAGUUCUCGUACGAGACCGGGAACGGCAUCAAGGCCGAGGAGGUGGGGUCGCUGGCCCCCGCCGACAACCCGGAGGACGGCAACGUGGUGUUCGCCGAGGGCAGCUACAGCUACACGGGCGACGACGGGGUGGUCUACACCGUCACCUACAAGGCGGACAAGAACGGCUACCAGGCGAGCGGCGACCACCUGCCCAAGAAGUGAGCGCACCUCCUGCCGACCGCUGCCGCCCUGAUACCAGCCGACCGCUGGGACCACCUUCUUCUCUAACUCCAUCCAUCCAUCGUCCAUCCAUCAUCAUUCAAUCAUGACCUGUCCAUCCGUCACAUUAACAUAUUUUCCUUUCUCGUGUGUACAUAUUUGUAAAUAAAAACUCUUCUUAUUCGUA